AUGUCAUGUCCUAAGGAUGAUGAUGAGAUACUCACUGUGAACGAGCUGAACGACGUCAGGUCGGAUGGGGGCAGUGAAGACUGCGGGAAGGGGGAGCGAGCCCGAGGCCGCGCCAUCGAGGCCCCUCACGUUAACGGCUGUUCAGUGAGCAAAGACGGAAAUGCAAGCGAACAUAUUCCAUGCAAUUGCCUGCGUCUCCCUGCUGUUGUGAAGAAUGUGGUCCUGCAGCGGCCGGUGGAAUCGAUGAAUGGCGAUACAGACAAGCGAUAUCACCCAUCUACACCUCGACGACAAGAUGACUUUCCAGACUCUGUGGUACAGCCACCCCCGAAAGUUCGGCAAGGGCUCCCGACAGUGGGUGGUAUCAUCCGAAAGUACGGCCUCGACAUCUGCCGUCAGUGCUUCCGUGAGCGCGCUGACCAGAUCGGCUUCCACAAGUACCGUUAA